AUGGCAUCUGAACCGUUAGCUUCUCCCCUGCCUGGAAAUUGCGCACUCACCACGGCAGGCAGCUUAAGACACUCCCCUGAGACUUGGAGCUUUCUUGUUGUUAUUCUAGCCUCGAUUUUGGCGUACAGGAUCUGGAGCGACCGCAAGUUCAAACUGCCGCCUCUUAUCAACCCUCUGCAGUCGUUUGACCUAACUGGGGCUGGCGUCAAGAAAGACUUCAUCCAGAGGAGCAGCAAGCUGAUCGACGAAGGGUCCAGGAGGUUUGGAGACCAACCGUAUAGUCUCAUGUCAGACGUCAGACACGUUAUAAUUCUGUCUCCGAAGCACGUCGACGAGAUCUGGAACAACCCCAAGCUGAGCUUCUUGAAGAACACAGAAGACGAAUUUCAUGCCUACCUUCCUGGUUUUGAGCCCUUCGGGGCAGGGCGGGCCAUCCAGAUUUUGAUCAUGGUUGCCAAGAAGCAGCUCACCAAAUUCCUAGCCAAGAUAACUAAGCCACUCUCCGAUGAGACCGCUUUCUCAUUUCACACUGUCUUGGGCGACUCUCCAGAAUGGCAAGAAGUAGGCCUCAGAAAGACCAUUCUCAGCGUCGUCUCCAGGCUGUCGUCCCAGGUCUUCCUGGGAGCGGACAUCUGCCGUAAUCAAGCCUGGCUCAACACCACCGUCAUGUACGCCGUUGACUCCUUCGUCGCAGCUAAGAGGCUCCGCAUCUUCCCGAAGCCUCUCAGACAAGUCGUCCACUGGUUCCUGCCGGAGUGCCAGCGUGUCCGCAGCCACAUCGACGAAGCCCGGUCCAUCAUACAACCAGUUAUCGACGGCCAGGCCCGCAAGAAGCGCGAAGCCUCUUCACAGGGCCGUCCGGUCCCGACGUACGAUAACGCCAUCAAGUGGGGCAAGGAAGAGUCUGCAAGGUCAAAAUACGACCCGGCGAUCUACCAGCUCGCUCUGGCCGGUGCUGCCAUCCACACGACGACUGACCUACUCUCCCAUGUCAUUCUUAACAUCCUUAGCCAUCCGGAGCUCAUCCCUGCUCUCCAGGCCGAGAUGAUCGAGGUGCUCGGGAAGGAAGGAUGGGCCAAGACAUCGUUAUAUAACCUAAAGCUGAUGGACAGCGUCAUGAAGGAGACGCAGAGAUUGAAGCCGGUUUCGCUAGUGUCCAUGGGACGCAUUGCUGAGGCCGACGUCCACCUGUCAGACGGCACAGUCAUCCCAAAGGGCAUGAAGUGCGCGGUCGCCAACACCUCGAGGCACGACCCCGCCGUCUACGAGAGGCCAGACGAAUUCGAUGGCUACCGGUUCCUCAGAAUGCGACGGACCCCGGGUAAAGAAAACCAGGCACAUUUCGUCACCACCGGGCCGGACUCCCUCGGCUUCGGUCACGGGCAGCACGCCUGCCCCGGGCGCUUCUUCGCCGCAAACGAGGUCAAGAUCGCCCUUUGCCACUUUCUCCUUAAGUACGAAGUCGAGCUGGCCCCUGGGUCGGACUCGUCGGUGCAGGUCCAUGGCUUCAGCCUGAACUUCAACCGACAGGCGCGGAUCAGGGUAAGGCGUCGCACCAAGGAGAUUAAUUUAGACGAUUUGUAA